GCAGCGAGGAAGGAACGGGCAUCGGCCAAAGACAGAGGCAACACUCGCGUGACCUGGUCUUCGCUCGCCGAUCUUUUCCGUAUCGUUUCGAGUUUCGAGCGCGCAGUACCGGUUGGACAACCACGGCUUGUGGCCAAGUGCUGUGAAUUUAUCUCCAACCGGGGCUUUUCUUUCCUGCGAUCGACACACGCAAUCGCGAUCUCCGAUUUCGCGUCCCUGGUAUCGUCAUAUUCGCGUGAGUUCUGUUCUUCCUCUGCCAAUCGGUCUUCAGUCUUCAGUCUUCGGUUGAUAAUCCGGAAAUGACCGGCGGAGGGACCAACAUGGCGUAUCACGGUCUUAGCCAGCACGUCAAUUUCGACGUGAUACCAGAUCCUGAAGAUCGUUUCGUCUUGGAGGAAUUAAUCGGCGAAGGGACGUACGGCGAGGUCUACAGCGCACAUUGCAACGAAACCGGCAACAAAGUUGCGAUCAAAAUUUUGGAGAAUGUCGCGGACAAUAUCGAGGAAAUCGAGGAAGAGUAUCUGGUGUUGAGAGACCUGAGCCACCAUCCGAACAUUCCCCUCUUUCAUGGUUUAUUCUUGAAAAGGGCAAAACCUGCUCAAGAGGAGGACCAGCUGUGGUUCGUCAUGGAGUUGUGUACCGGAGGUUCGGUGACUGAUCUUGUCCAAGGCCUGAAGAAAAGGGGAAAGCGCCUAACGGACAACCAGAUAGCUUACAUCCUCAAAGAAACAGUGGAAGCGCUCAUUUAUUUGCACAGCAAUCACUGUAUGCAUCGUGACGUUAAGGGACACAAUAUUUUGCUCGCUGAAGAUGCACGCGUCAAGCUGGUUGACUUUGGCGUGUCUUCGCAUCUGGUUGCUACCCUUGCCAGAAAAAAUACCUCGGUUGGCACACCCUACUGGAUGGCGCCCGAGGUGAUUGCUUGCGAGCAACAACUAGAUUCUUCCUAUGAUUCCCGAUGCGACGUUUGGUCAGUUGGAAUCACGACAAUCGAGCUGGCAGAAGGCGACCCACCUCUAUCUGAACUGCACCCUAUGAGGGCGCUCUUCCAAAUCCCCAGAAACCCACCGCCGUCCCUUAAAAACCCGGAUAUCCAUUCGCCGGAGUUGGUCGACUUCAUCACGGAGUGUUUGGUGAAAGAUCUCGAGCACAGACCGUUUGCCAGCGAGCUGAAGGAACAUCCUUUAUUGAUGAAUAUCGAGUCGAUCGCGGAGGACGUCAGAUGCGAGCUGCAAGAGGAGAUCCGUCGUCAGAGAGCCGAUGGCAGAGUUCACAGGCAACCCGAAGUGACGACCAAACACGGGAAAUUGAAGACCGAUCGGAAAGCAAGGCCAGAGAAAAUGUACAUGGACGAUCUGGCUGCUCUCGACAUGUUGUCGGAAGACGGGAUCGUCGAUCAGUUGCAACACAGAUACGAACAAGCUCAAAUAUAUACUUAUAUUGGAGACAUACUCGUCGCUGUUAAUCCCUUCACAAAUUUGGGACUGUAUACAGGCAUCGAACAAAAGAGAUACAAAGGACAAGCAAGAUCGGACAAUCCGCCCCACAUUUUCGCCGUAGCGGAUGCUGCUUAUCAAGCACUGUUACACCAGCGACAAAACCAAGCAAUUGUAAUCAGCGGGGAAUCGGGGGCAGGGAAAACGGAAAGUGCGAAUUUGCUGCUGAAACAGUUGGUUUAUCUCAGCAAAGCUCCCAAUCGUAAUUUGGAAGAGAGGAUCCUUCAAAUAAAUCCGAUAAUGGAGGCUUUCGGCAACGCGACUACCGGAAUCAACGCAAAUUCAUCGAGAUUUGGGAAAUACCUAGACUUGACCAUGACCAAAGGUGGUAAAGUCACUGGUGCCAGAAUAUACGUCUACCUGUUGGAACAAUCUCGGGUCGUAGCUCAAGCCGAAGGUGAACGUAAUUUCCACAUAUUUUACUACAUGUACGACGGUCUGGAGGCUGACAACCGUCUCUCGGAAUUCCACUUGGAUCCAAAUCUUCGGAAGCAUCACCGAUACCUGACAGAUCACAGCCAGACGUCCCAAACGCAUAUCGACAAGUUUCAACAAUUGAAGGUCGGCUUCAAACUACUUGGAUUUCAAGAUAGCGAGGUGGACAUAGUAUAUCGGAUUUUAGCCGCGAUACUUCAUCUCGGUGAUAUCGAGUUUGGCGAAGUAGCCAGCGAGGAUAAUACCGAUAACAAAAGCCACGUGAUUGACGCGGCACCAUUGCACAGAGUUUCACAGUUGCUCGGUGUGGAGGAAAAUGAUCUUCUGGAAGCACUGACAUCGAACUCGGUGAUGACCAGGGGCGAGACAAUCACGCGAAAUAACACGGUAGCCGAGGCGUGCGCGGCCAGGGACGCGAUGGCGAAAGGACUGUACGGUCGAUUGUUCGACUGGAUGGUCAAUCAGAUCAAUUGUUUGCUGUGUUUCAAUCGUUCGCCCAACUACGAACCGCUGGCGAUCGGUCUUCUCGAUAUAUUCGGCUUUGAAAAUUUCCCGAGAAACUCGUUCGAGCAACUCUGCAUUAACAUUGCGAACGAACAGAUACAGUAUUACUUCAAUCAGCAUAUCUUCACUUGGGAGCAACAGGAGUACAUGGCGGAAGGGAUACCGGUCGAUUUGGUCGAGUUCUCAGACAACAGGCCCGUUCUAGACAUGUUACUCAGCAAACCUAUGGGGCUGUUGGCUCUGUUGGACGAAGAAAGCCGAUUUCCCAGAGCCACCAAUAAAUCUCUGAUUGAGAAAUUUCACAACAACAUCAAGUCCAAGUUCUACGUGAGACCAAAAUCGGACGCAGUUUGCUUCGCAGUGCAUCAUUUCGCUGGACGUGUGGUUUACCAAGCGGAAGGCUUCUUGGAAAAGAAUAGGAACUUCCUGCCUCCUGAAGUCAUCCAGCUGGUCAGGCAAUCUCAGUACGACAUGGUCCGUUUCCUGUUCCAAUGCCCGAUCACGAAAACUGGCAACUUGUACUCGGCUGUUCACGACACUGAUUCGAAAAAGUUGUCACAGUCGAAUCAGAAUACAAAGGAACGGUAUUCCAGUCGAGGUUUGGCGUCACAGUCAAGAGCUCAACAAACCGUGGCAACUUACUUCCGAUAUUCUCUGAUGGAUUUGCUGCAAAAGAUGGUGUCCGGGUCGCCGCAAUUCGUGCGAUGCAUAAAACCGAACGACUCCAAGAGCCCACGAUUCUUUGACAAAGAGAAAGUCGUGAAGCAACUGAGAUACACCGGAGUCCUGGAGACGAUAAGGAUCAGACAAAACGGAUUCUCGCAUAGAAUACCGUUCAACGAGUUUCUAAAAAGAUAUUGCUUCCUAGCAUUCGGCUACGACGAACGUGUCAUGGCUAAUCGCGACAAUUGUCGCCUCCUUUUGGUCCGUUUGAAGAUGGACGGAUGGGCAUUGGGCAGAACAAAGGUUUUCUUAAAAUACUAUCACGUCGAGUUCCUCUCCAAGAUGUACGAGGAGCAGCUGAAGAAGAUCAUUAUGGUUCAGGCGUGUGUUCGCCGAUGGCUCGCUAGGAUCAGGUUCAAGAAGCAGAAGUGGCAGUUCGCCGUGUCCAUCGUGACACUGCAACGUCACAUCCGCGGAUGGUUGCAACGAAAGCAUUUCUUAGAGGAAAUGAAGAAAAAGCAAAAAGAGGCAGAAAAAACUGUUUUACAAAAAGCACAGGAGGAGCAGAAAGAUAAAGCGGAAGAUGAGGAGCAGAAGGAGGGAAACGAGGAGGAUCAAACUGCGAAAGAAGGAUUAAACGAAGACGAUGCUGCAUCGAUCAUACAGAGUCAUUUCAAAGGAUACGCGAUUCGCAAACGCUUCGGACCUGAACUGGAAGAACGUUUCAAAAACAUCUUGAGCGACUACGACGACAAGUUCGAAGCACACAAAGCGUUAUUGCGCGAAGGCUUGAAGAACGAAGAAGCUGCGUUUAUAGUCCAACAAUGGUUCAAGGACGAAGAAAAUGUGAAGAAGAGAAAACCACCGACGAGAGAUAUGGUACAUUACAAACUGAGACAAGCCGAUCUCAUACAAUUCUCUCAAAGCGUUCACAUGAAAAAUCAAGAAGUGCACAAGAAUUUACGUCACAAUAAGCCAGGAGUGCGACUGAACGAGAUAGAAGAACCGCCGCCGGAUUACGUUCGACCCGAAGGAUUCAACAUGGUGCAGCCUAUCAUGCAAUAUCGAAGUGGCAAUCAAGUGGACGGGGAAGAGACGAUUAAGUACUAUCGUGACUUGAAGGACGAGAUGAGCAGUGGUUCGGACUUCGAAGAAGAAGAAGUUGGCUGGGACUUACCGUUGAUACAGCUAGAAAAUGACCUUCACCCAUUGACGAGGAGUCGAAUGGGGCAGAUUCUGGAAGUGAACACCGAGAGGAGAGAACGUUUGGAAGCACAGGCAGACUUUGCGAUAACUUCGGAGCAGCAACUUUCGGAUAUAUGGCACAAAGCUUUGAGAAAUCCGACCGAGGAUCAGGAACAAGAGAGCAACUCGGCCAGAGCGAGUACAAGGACUAAUUACGCGGCUGGCAAAGAGCUGCGGUUCCCUGAAAGAUAUCCGCAUCGUAGACAACCUACAGUCGACUCUUCGAAUAUCAACCAUUCAAAUGGCCUACGAUUCAAAUGCAUCGACAGACGCAGCGAUGUAAAUGGACGUCAAGAAUCUAUUGCUGGUCAGCAACGGCGUAUCAUCAAUGGACACUGUAUUGCAAAUGCUCAUCAAAACCUGUUUAAGGGAGGUUCCAAUUUUACAAACGGACAAUCGACGUUUGCCAACGGGCCACUAAAUAAUUAUCACGGUUACGCGAACGGAGACGAAGCUCUAAUUAACGGUCAUCCAAACUCGGCGAACAAUGCAGCCAAAGUUAAUGGGCGCCCACCUUACAAUAACGGAUAUCGAAAUAUCAUCAGCGGUUGUCAAAAUGGCCUGUUCAUUAAUAAAAUGGUCGUGAACGAUGAGUUGAUCAAACCAUCGAAAUUGGCCCUUAACAAUAAUAUAAAUGGCCGUGUAAAGGAGAUACAACCAGCGAAAAAAAGUGACAAUUUAAGGAAACAUCGAUCGGCUGGCGUAGACAGUAAAAACGGGAUCGAUCGAUUGGUCAAUUGUCAAAACGCCAUUAAUGGUCGGCUAGUUACAGGGAAAGAGCUGGGUAAAGAUACAUUUGGAAUUUCAACUGAUCUUAGACAAAUCCUCAAACCCACUGUCGUUCAAAAGCGGCAAGAGAUCUUCAAGAUAGACUACGAUCCAGAGGAUAUCAAUGGACCGUAUAAUUUCAGGCAACUAUUGAGACCAACUGAAUAUCUUCCUACGGAGUCUUUGAGAAAAAGAAAGGGCAGCUUGGCUUGCAACGGAGUUGCCACGUCAAAGGACAAAGUUCCUGAAAAACACGUGAAGAGAAGAGCGCCGCUGGCACCAAAUCAAAAUAAGCUUGUUAACACGAGAAAAUGAAGUCGACGGGACGCCAGAAUGUUCAAAAAAUUUUCUUAGAAAUGUUUUUUCCAGAUAUUCUACAGGCACCAUUUAGAGAGAACGUAGAAAUACGUGAUUGCGAAUAUAUGAAUCCCGUAGAUCCUUUUAAGGAUACAUAAGCACAGACACGACAAAGGAGAUAAUGUUUUCGAAGAUUUAAGAUUUGAAAACAUUAUAGUAAUUGCAAAAUAAUUUUUAUCUAGUUAAUAUAAUACGUAAUGCGAAUAAUUUCUCACAAGACAAAUGAUUAAGGAUUGGUAAAUUAUCAGGUGAUUCUCUGUCAGUAUUAUUACCAUAUCAAAUUGAAAAUACGCAACGUCAGACGAUUCGAUGAAACUGUAUCUGAUAGUUUCCAAAAUUAAUCUGACUAGCCAUUUUUCAUUUAAUUUUGUGAAUGUUACUUAUUCGUAAAAUCUUUUCUUUCAAAAAUUUGAUUACAACAAAUUCUGUGAAAUUUAAUUUAUUGUAGUUCAAGAUAAUACGUGUUUUCCAUCAAUCGCGUUAUUUUGUACUCAUUUAUUAACUCGUUGUUCGUUUGAUUCGAGAGUUUGACCUUUUGUAACAGAUGGAAAAGAAAACAAUUUAUUUAUUUAUUUGGUACAGUCAACUGCUGCUGCUUAACGAAAUACAUCAUAAGAAAAUUGUUUAUUUAGAACUAGUCAUGCGUAGCUUUACGAAAGUUAGAUGCGUUCGAUAGCGUUAAAAUGAAUGUCGUUCACAAAAUCCUUAUGGCGUUUUGUCGUAAUAUUUGCGUUUCAAACACGUACUUAUAACUUGCAAGUAUAACUAGGAAUGUAAUUUAUUAAUAAACUUGUUCAUUAGUAUCUCGUACUCUUAAGCGUUUACAAUUAUAUCUUUAAUUAGUCGCUAUUGUCGAAUAUUUAUUAAAUCUUAAUACUAGUAUGCAUUUCGAAAGUACUGCUUGUAAAUAAAAUUCUCAUAGGAGCAAAUCUA